GAAUCCGGGACCGUUCGAGACGGCAGACCGCGGUGCAGUUGCCAGUUGGGCGGCCCCUCCCAAACCUUCCCCUAUCUCUCUCCCUCUUCAUCUUCUUUUCUUUGUAUCUCUGCCCUUUCCUCUCGAUCAACAAAAAAUCCCCAAAAAAAUCGGAAAACCUCUAAAAAUAACCAGCUAUAUUUCUCGAUCCCACGAUCGUUAUCCCCUUUUCAUCAGUCGAAAAAUCUCACAGAAUAGUGGAAGGUUUGUUAUUGUUUCGCCCCGGUUGCGUGAUCGCUAGGGUUUGCUCUAUCAGCGAGAGGGAAAGGAUAAAAAAAGAAAAAAAAAGAGAAAAAUAUAUAUAUAUAGAUAGAUAUAUAUAUAUCGAGAGAGAUGGCGCAGGAACCGAUCGAGCAGCAGGCGGCGAACGGGGUGGUCAGCGCCGCAGGAGGGAACCAGCCCCCUUUAGCGUCGCUCUACGUGGGGGACUUGCAUCCGAAUGUGACGGAGCCGCAACUAUUCGAAUUUUUCAGCCAGAUCGGACCGGUGGUGUCGGUGCGCCUCUGCCAGGACGUGGAGACGAAUCGGUCUCUGGGCUAUGCCUAUAUUAACUACAGCAACCCCGCGGAUGCUGCAAUGGCUUUGGAUGCGCUGAACUUCACUCCUCUUAAUAAUAAGCCCAUUCGUAUUAUGUAUUCAAAUCGUGACCCUAGCAUUCGUAAAAGUGGGUCUGCAAAUAUUUUUAUCAAGAAUCUAGAUAAAACAAUAGGCAAUAAAGGACUACAUGAGAUCUUCUGUUCUUUUGGCAAUAUUUUAUCCUGCAAGAUAGCUACAGAUGCAUUUGGCCAGUCAAAAGGCUAUGGUUUUGUACAAUUUGAUCAAGAAGAAGCUGCACAAAAUGCCAUCAACAGGCUAAAUGGCAUGCUUGUGAAUGAUAAACCAGUUUAUGUUGGACCUUUCAUUCGCAAGCAAGAACGGGAAAACUCUGCAGAGAAGACAAAAUUUUGUAAUGUCUUUGUCAAAAACCUUUCAGAAUCCACUACAAAGGAGGACCUAGAAAAUAUUUUUGGAAAAUAUGGUAAAAUCACUAGUGCAGUUGUUAUGACCGAGGAGGAUGGAAAAUCAAAGUGUUUUGGAUUCAUCAAUUUUGAGAAUCCGGAUGAUGCUGCCCAAGCAGUUCAAGAACUCAAUGGGCAGAAAUUUGAUGACAAGGAGUGGUACGUAGGAAAGGCUCUGAAAAAAUCUGAAAGGGAAUUAGAAUUGAGGGAAAAGUUUGUCCAAAGUGCCAGGGAGACAUUUGAUAAGUACCAAGGGCUUAACCUAUAUUUGAAGAACUUAGAUGACAGUAUUGGAGAUGAUAAGCUGAGAGAAUUAUUUUCUGGGUUUGGGACAAUAACUUCUUGUAAGGUUAUGCGGGAACCAAAUGGUGUGAGUAAAGGCUCUGGAUUUGUUGCUUUCUCAACUCCCAAUGAAGCAGCUCGAGCUUUGGCAGAGAUGAAUGGAAAAAUGGUUGGUGGGAAGCCACUAUAUGUAGCACUUGCACAACGUAAAGAAGAAAGAAAAGCUAGGUUGCAGGCACAGUUUUCACAAGUACGUCCAGCAGCAAUAAUGCCUAAUGUUGGUCCACGUGUUCCCAUCUAUUCUAGUGCCCCUGGUAUGGGGCAACAAAUAUUUUAUGGACAACCUCCCCCUGCCCUUGUUCCACCACAGCCAGGUUUUGGGUUUCAGCAACAGCUUAUUCCUGGAAUGAGGCCUGGUGGGGCUCCCAUCCCAAAUUUUGUUGUUCCCUUGGUCCAACAAGGUCAGCAGGGGCAUCGACCGAGUGGUAGACGUUCUGGAGGCGCUGUGCAACAAAUGCAGCAGCCAAUGACUUUAAUUCAGCAACAGCAGAUGCUUCCGAGGGGUCGUAUCCAGCGCUAUCCUCCUGGCCGCAAUAUUCCUGAUGGUCCAAUGCCUGGUGUUAUUGGAGGUAUGAUCUCUCCAUAUGACAUGGGAGGUUUUGGUAUGCGAGAUGUUCCCAUUCCACAACCCAUUCCAAUCGGGGCAUUGGCUUCAGCACUUGCUAAUGCAACUCCAGAGCAGCAAAGAAUGAUGCUUGGUGAGAAUCUCUACCCUCUUGUGGAACAACACGAGCAUGAUCAUGCUGCCAAAGUUACUGGAAUGCUGUUGGAGAUGGACCAAACUGAAGUGCUCCAUCUGCUGGAAUCGCCAGAUGCGCUGAAAGAAAAAGUUGGCGAGGCAAUGGAAGUCCUGAGAAAUGUCCAGCAGCAGCAGGCGGUGACUGCGCCGAUCGAUCAGUUAUCAGCGUUGUCGUUGAGCGAUGGCCUUGUUCCUUGAUGCAAAACCAACGUUACUUUUCUCCAUUUGGUUGCCAUUGUGGAAGACUGAAACUUGUGGACUAUUUGGUUUUCUUACGAUUGAGAUGAUGUGUCAUGGGAUUGGUUUGCGACCGACUGUUGAAGUUGUCUGCUUGCAUGUGUUGGUUGAUGGACUGUGCUUUGUCUGUCGAACCCUUCCAAUAAUUAAGAUGAAAUUAAAAAAAAAAAUUGCUCAAA